AUGCCAUUUCCUUGUACAGCUUGUCGUCUCAAUGGGUAUAAGUGGAGAGAGUCUUUGAAUAAACACCGUCGGUCGGGCUGUUGCCGUGGUCCGAAUUGGGAGAAUAACUGGAAAACAGGCGUCUCAUACACUCAGUUAUCCGACUCAGUUGCCAUGAAUUCUCAGCACUCUGAUAGUUCCACGCGGUUGAACGGGCGCACGACGCCAACAUCAGCGCGAAGUAAGAAGCGUCCUCCGCCCCCUUCCACGACAUCGCCCCCGUCCUUCAAGCGUGUCAGAAAAAGUGCACCCGUUUGCGAAGACUCAACGUCCCGAAAUACAUUCAACGGGAAAUCCGAUUUCGGUAAGGACACAUCACUGAGCAGUGUUCACCAUGAUGCUUCUAAAAUUGUCGCAGCUGGUCGUCUUUCUCUGUUGGAUUGGGAUGCUUUCAUUGGCUUGUCAAAGAAGCGUCGUCGGUUAUCUUUGCUACCGCGUGGACCUGAAGAUUCUCUGUGUGAUGCAUUCACCGUGGGACAUACUUUACCGAACGGACUUUCACGGGGACAUCUGGUUACUGGACUGCCACCACCUACUCAAGAUAAAGUCUCCUCCGCUCUUCGGAGGAGGGACGUUUCUUCAUCCGUGGGCUUGUCAAAUCUUAUCAAUGGCAAAAAAUCUACGGAUGUUACUGUCACCAAGCAUCCAAAAGCCAUAGCUGGGAGUACGAUCACUUUCGACGAAUCAUCGCACAUGCUUUCUGAAACCUUGUCUCCUCAAAGGUCUUUCCUAUGCAAUGGUUACGAAGCCAAAUUACCGGACCUAGGUUUUUCUACUUCACCGAGCAUUAAUCCAUUCCCCAGCACUUGUCGUCGUCUGCCCACUGAUCUGUCAAAUCACAUGAACAAAUCUCAUAAUCUUGGAAUCCACCCUUGUGUUUCUAACAGUUCAGCGGCAAUUGACUCCCUUACGAAGCAAUCUAUCCCUCCGUCAACCUCGCCUGUGGAUUCCGACUGUCCUUGUUCGAUCACCACCUGUUUGCAUGGACACAAAGCACCCAAUACUCUAGUUGGUCGAAAGACAAGGCGCCCCACUCCUUCCCAUAUGAUGCACGAUGAUUUCGACCCUUCCGAUUCUUCGGUGCAAGCUUCCUUGUCUGUUGUUGACCAUACCACGGAGUCAAUGAAGGUUGUUACUGAGGGAUCCGCUACCAAGCGUUCCCCGCAAUCAAGGUCCGACGUGCCAAUUGAGAAACCGUCUGUGGACCAAUGUCCAUCUUCUGAGAUCCCUCCAUCAACCUCGCCUGUGGACUCCGACUGUCCUACGGAUUCGAUCACCACCUAUUUGGAUGGGCACAAGGCAUCCAAUACUCCAGUUGGUCGAAAGACAAGGCGCCCCACUCCUUCCCAUAUGAUGCACGAUGGUUUCGACCCUUCCGAUUCUUCGGUGCAAGCUUCCUUGUCUGUUGUUGACCAUACCACGGGGUCAAUGAAGGUUGUUCCUGAGGGAUCCGCUACCAAGCGUUCCCCGCAAUCAAGGUCCAACGUGGCAAUUGAGAAACCGUCUGUGGACCAAUGUCCAUCUUCUGAGAGUGGUGGUGUAUAUGAUUCAUAUGAAGACAGCGACCCAUCUAGGCAGUCGUACGAUCCAAGACUUGCUGGACUGUGUCCUAAUUGCUCUCGGAUCUUCCCCAACGCGACUGGUCUGAAUGGUCAUUUACGCUGGUGUAAAGACAAGUUCAAUCUUUCUAACGCAACUGGGUCUCAGGUAUCUUCGGAGCCGGAUUCUUGUUCGUUGUCGCAACCCACAUCUUCAGUAUCCGACGCCCAUGUAACAGGGGAGUCAGUGGACGUUGCGGAUUCCACAACCGGUGCCUUGAAGAGGGCAGAUAAGAACGGUUCGGCUGCAGCGCAUGCUACUGAGGCAGAUGCUGGGCCUGACGAAUCCGAAAUGACUGAGAUGGCAACUGGGUCUCAGGUAUCUUCGGAGCCGGAUUCUUGUUCGUUGGCGCAACCCACAUCUUCAGUAUCCGACGCCCAUGUAACAGGGGAGUCAGUGGACGUUGCGGAUUCCACAACCGGUGCAUUGAAGAGGGCAGCUAAGAACGGUUCGGCUGCAGCUCAUGCUACUGUGGCAGAUGCUGGGCCUGACGAAUCCGAAAUGACUGAGAUGCCUACCCUGGAUAACCGGCAGUCUACGCCGGAUGUUGUCCGCAAAUCGACGGAAUCAAACAUGUGUGUUGCUUCCGAAGGGACCGAAUCAUGGACAACCGCUCCGGUGACGGAGACUGGGAUAGUUGCGAUCCUUCCGUCAACCUCGCCUGUGGACUCCGACUGUCCUUCGGAUUCGAUCACCACCUAUUUGAAUGGACACAAGGCACCCAAUACUCCAGUUGGUCGAAAGACAAGGCGCCACACUCCUUCCCAUAUGACGCACGAUGGUUUCGACCCUUCCGAUUCUUCGGUGCAAGCUUCCUUGUCUGUCGUUGACCAUACCACGGGGUCAAUGAAGGUUGCUACUGAGGGAUCCGCUACUAAGCGUUCCCCGCAAUCAAGGUCCAACGUGGCAAUUGAGAAACCGUCUGUGGACCAAUGUCCAUCUUCUGAGUCUCCUCCUCCUGUGCCGAGACCGGAAGAGCGCUCUAACGACACCCCGAAUUCUCUGUGUGAACCAUCUCCGGCUGAAUUUAAUUCCCACUCUGCCUCUGACAGUUUUACCUCCUCGAAGGAUAUUUUAUGUCCUUACUGUUGUCGUCAGUUCUUACAGCCGCGUUUUUUAAGGAUUCACUUACGCAAGUGUCCUCAAGCACCAACGAAGCUCACACGUGAUGUUGUCGCAACCACUACACCGCUCACUGACACGAACGGGGACUCGACAGCCGGUGGUGCAACUUCACCACUGACCUGCCCAACCUGUUUCCGAGAGUUUCGAAAGCUGAAAUAUGUUAACGCUCACGUGCCGCGAUGUGGAGUAUCCGAAAUGGGAGCUAGUCUAUUUGCCAGUAUCUCUGCAACUGGGUCUCAGGUAUCUUCGGAGCCGGAUUCUUGUUCGUUGUCGCAACCCACAUCUUCAGUAUCCGACGCCCAUGUAACAGGGGAGUCAGUGGACGUUGCGGAUUCCACAACCGGUGCCUUGAAGAGGGCAGAUAAGAACGGUUCGGCUGCAGCGCAUGCUACUGAGGCAGAUGCUGGGCCUGACGAAUCCGAAAUGACUGAGAUGCCUACCCUGGAUAACCGGCAGUCUACGCCGGAUGUUGUCCGCAAAUCGACGGAAUCAAACUUGUGUGUUGCUUCCGAAGGGACCGAAUCAUGGAGAACCGCUCCGGUGACGGAGACUGGGAUAGUUGCGAUCCUUCCGUCAACCUCGCCUGUGGACUCCGACUGUCCUUCGGAUUCGAUCACCACCUAUUUGAAUGGACACAAGGCACCCAAUACUCCAGUUGGUCGAAAGACAAGGCGCCACACUCCUUCCCAUAUGACGCACGAUGGUUUCGACCCUUCCGAUUCUUCGGUGCAAGCUUCCUUGUCUGUCGUUGACCAUACCACGGAGUCAAUGAAGGUUGCUACUGAGGGAUCCGCUACUAAGCGUUCCCCGCAAUCAAGGUCCAACGUGGCAAUUGAGAAACCGUCUGUGGACAAAUGUCCAUCUUCUGAGCUCUGCUCAACCGCUGGGGUUCUUCCGAGUGUCAGCGUCGAUGAUCCCCCUGAAGACGGUGGCGGGUCGAGGCAGUCGUACGAUCCAAGAUUUGCUACGUUGUGUCCUAAUUGCUCUCGGAUGUUCCAAAAUGUGAAUUGUCUUCAUGGACAUUUGAGGUGGUGUAAGGACGACUCCACAUUGGCCACCUCUCCGAGUGCUAGCGGCGCUCCUUCGAAUCAAAACGCCGACAGUGCUUCCGUUUCAACCAUAUCUACAACUCAUCCAAUUGAAUUGCACCUCGGUGAUCGGGCUGGUACUCCCGUUUCUUCUCUAACUGAUGCCGGAACUUCUUCAUCAACCUUACCAGCUGAAGAUGACCCGACACCAAGGUUGUCUGUGACACGCCGAUCGCAUAAGAGAAAAUCGCAUAGCUUGUCGCUCCACCGUCAGACAAGUUUAUCUGAGCCCGCGCGCUCAUCCGCCUUCGGACUCACCACUUCGAGUAAAGGAACGGAUCGUGAUAUGAUUGAUCCCGUCGGCAAAAAUUCCAGUGACAUCGGGCCGGCUGGUCCGUGUAAACCCAUAUUCGAAGCCGUUACACUCCGCCCUCGUCGACAUUCCCUUCCAGCGGUCAAAAGAUCGUCAUCAGCUCUGGUGCAAUAUUCCUGCCACUCGGAGGAACAGUUUCCUCGCUUGCGUCUGCGCAUUCGCAUGUCAGUAGAUGGUUCGACUAAUUAUUCAUCUUCACCGGUUGCCACAACUCCACUAUCUCACGGAGCUACAUCUUUGAACGCAGGCACUUCAGGAUCGAGGUAUCACUUCAGAAGCACCCGCUUGUCAGCAGAGAGCGUUUGUAGUUCAGUCGAUGAAAGUCGUUCCGUCAUAUCCGAUGCUACCACAUUGCCUGCAGUACAGAAGGCUACUUCGCGGAAACGUAAAACUGGACCAUAUCGCCGCAGAUGUGCAUGGUGCCACGUCCUUUUCCACGAUCGGCGAAAACUUUAUGCACACAAAGUCAAAUGCCACGCUCGCCCUAAAUCUCUCACCCAUUCACACUGCGUUAAUCAGAUGGAAACGAGGAACAAAUUGGGUCUGUCAAUCAGACUUUGGCAGUGCGCUUGUGGUAUGAAAUAUCGUUCCCGAGCUGUUUUGCGAGCACAUGUGGCAGUUGGUUGUCCAAAGUCACGUAGAUUUCAGUCGAUAAUGCGAGUGUCGUCUCAGGUCGGUUGCCCCGGCUGCCCCAAGAACGCUGCCCCUUUCGACUCCGCUGACGCAGUGCUUACCCAUCUAUUAUCAUUGAAACCCGGGUCGGGCCAUCCGUACGCCAGUCAUGGGCUCCUGUCUACUCCGCGUUCAUGGCCUUCUUAUCUUUCAGUUCCAAAUCUGGGAUUUGGUUGUCAUAUUUGUGGUUUGUUAUUAGCUUCCGAAUCCCGUUUGGACAAACAUAAACGAGCAAUGCAUGAGACUUGGUUACUGGCUGAGCAGAAGAAUGCUUUGAGUCCAGCUAAAGCGACUGCACUCUGAUUCGCUGGUACCAUCAGAUACCCGUGCACUUCCUUGAAACAUUGUUCAGAAUAUUCCUAUUUGUGUUUAAUAUCUUUCUAGGAUUCUCUCAUAUGUACAUAUUUCUGUCAAACCAAGAUUUAUGCAUCCUUUUAUUCUGAAUAGGAAAUUUUCGAUCUUUUUUCUACGUAUCUAUACUGAGUGCUUUCUUUCAUACUCUAGGAUUUUAUCGUUCUUCGUUUGUACCAUACGUCUUAAAUUUUUAUAGCAUUCAGAGGCAGUGAAUGUGUUAUUUUCCUGCAUCCUUGCCAAUUCUUCCUUACC